AUGGAGGGACCGACCCCCCCCCCCCCCACCCCCGCGCGCGCCACGCCGCUUGCUACCGCCAGCAAGCCUCCGUCCAGAGAGCAGAUGCCACCACCAUCACCGGCACCUGCCCCAGCGCACCCGCCCCCGACACCAUCAUCGGGUUCAACCCAACCCCCAGCAUCGCCGUUUCGCCAUGCGGCGGAGUCACCCCGGGAACGAUAUGAGAAGGACCUUGUAAUCUUGGCUAGGUUACAGAGGGCUUCUCUGUUAUCGGACGGGAUGCUCCGCUGGAUGGCGACAUACGUGCGAAUCAUGGAGUUUGGUUUAGGAGAUACCGAGGAGUUGGCCGCACAUGAUCUAGCAGCACUAGAACUGCAGGCCCAACUACCCUUCUCUCUGCCGCCUGCGCCCAUUGCAACCCGCAAGAGGCGAUUCAGCGAGGACGCCGCUUCCGCCCACAAGAGGCACUGUGCGGAACUCUGGCGGCUCUGCCGCCCCCCCCCCCCCCCCCCCCCCCCCCCCCGCCGCACCCAACAGUCACCCGAAGCCCACCAGCGCUCCCUAAGCACGGGAAGCCUACCCCGCCCCUCACCGCCUGCACCCGCACCGCAGGAUGAAGAGGAGGAGCCCAACACGCAGCCUCCGAGCUCGCUGCCCACCCCGGUAGCGAAGCCAAGACCGCCGCUGCCCGAACAAACUCCAACAACGUCGCAGCCACUCGCCCAACGGGAUCCGAGGAUAAGGGGUAAGCAAAUUUCCAUGCCUACCCCCAAAGUCAAUUCUCAAGACCAGUUCCGCACCCCACCGACGUCGCCGCCGCCCAGCACGACCGGCCGCACGGCUGCUCGGCCACUUACUGCGGCCAAACCUGUUAGGCCCCCCACGGCCGCACCACAACCUCCGCCUACCCCUUCAACAUCUGCUGCCCCGCCGACUAUCGGACAUACCACUCAACCCUCACAAAGUGCCGCCAAACAGCCCAGAUACCCACCACUAGUGGUGGAGCACCUCCCAGACUGGGCGAAGCAUUUUAAAACCAUAGCCCAAUCACUGGGAAGGCCCCCGAACGCGCGCCCUUUCGGAAACGGGGUGCGCUUUUCUCCUACCGACGAGGGUGAAUAUCGUUGUAUUCAAAACUACCUCACACAACUUGAAACCAAAACAAACAUCUCUUGGUUUUCAUACGCCCUCCCGGAGGAGAAAAAGCUGAAGGUCGCUAUAAGGGGCCUCCCAGUGGAGACGGACACGGAGGAGAUCCGUCAGGCAAUCGAGGAGAAAGGGUACUCGUGCGAGUAUGUGAAAAGUAUUCGCGCCAGGGAGGGGCGCCCCGGGUGCAUAUACUUCGCCCAGCUGUCGCGCUCUCCAGAGCCCGCCCCCGGCAUCUACGACGUAACGGAGCUACUUUGUAUGCCGGGAAUAAAAAUUGAAGCUUGGAGGGGUAAGAGGGGCCCAGCGCAGUGCCACCGCUGCCAGGGCUUCAGGCACUCCUCACAUAACUGCCACCGCCCCAUCGCCUGUGUCCGUUGCGGAGAGGGACACGCGGCCAGCGACUGCCCACGCCCGAAGGAGGACCUGCCCACUUGCGUGAACUGCAAGGGGCCGCACCCCGCCAACCACACGAGCUGCCCUGUGUUCCAGCGGGAGGCCAGGAACAAGAGGGCAACCACGGUGGCCCGUACCCGGGCUACAGCUCCCGCCGCCGCAAAUACUACAAGAAGACGCUUCCAACCCCAGGCCCCGACAGCAUCAGCCUCAGUAACCGAGGCGACCCCCGGCUCCCUGAUGGCCCCAGCCAGACCUGCGACCACCAAGCAGCCCGCCCCUAACCAACCGCCGCGACCGCGCGGGGGGAAGGGGAAGAAAAAGAAAAAAGGAAAAGCCAAACCAGCAGGGUUGCCCGGCCCGCACGGACCGACGGCGCCCCCCCCCCCCCACCUCAGCCAACGUCACACCGGCCCCGGAGAUCGACGCCUUGCUCGCCUGAGGCAGGCGGGCGCUUCUGGCGACCCCCGGAACCGCGUCUACUAUUCUCAGCGCAGCCACAACAUCAACGCUCCGCAAUGCAUAAGUCGCUGA